AUGUCUGAGUUCCAAAGGUUUGUUAAGCUUCUUGAGCAGACAGAUGGCCGCGACAAGAUUCUAAAGGCAUUUUCUGGUGUCUUUAAGGCACUUGGCUCCCUCGACACCUGUCAGAGCCGCUCAAGUGCGUUUGGCGCCGUCGGGAAGUCUAUUGGAGACGCCCGUUGUCUCCUUCGUAUGGCGAAGUGGGUGGGUGAUGUGCCCAAGAUGCAGAAUACCAUUCAGGAUUGCAGGGCAAAGGGCAAGGUCAACAUGAAAGAGGUCUUGAAGUUCCUCCGCGUGCUGUGCAACUUCCUCUAUGUGCUCGGCGACAAUGUGGCCUUCGUCGCCCGCUACAAUUUGUUGGCUUUGCGGCACAAGAGCAUCCACCUAAAGGCAAAAACAGCGCAAUUCUGGGGAUUCUUCCUUGCCGCUGUGCUUGAUGUUGUUGCCCUUUACGGUGCGCUUCAGAAGCGUGCGAGUGACCCCGCCACAAGCAAGAAGGAGAUGAAGGCAGCACUUAUCAGUUUCGUAAAGGAUGCCUCGGACACCCUCGUAACAAUGGCCUUUGUUGGUUACCUCCGUGAAGUCUGGCGACCCAGCGCGACAACUUCUGGAGCUCUCACUGCAGUUGCUGGUGGUGUUGCAACGUAUUUGAACUGGAACAAGAUCAAAUAG